UCGGCUCUCAUCUCCACGCUUUUGUUGUUUUUAUUGUGCUCUUCCUGCAAUUUCUCCCCAAAAAAAUGUUCUUCAUCAUUGGAAUUGGUCUUGGGGACCCCAAAGAUAUAACAGUGAAGGGUCUGGAGAUUGUUAAGAGAUGCGAUCGUGUCUAUUUGGAAGCCUACACAUCGAUUCUCUCCUGUGGUCAGGAAAGUUUGGAGGAUUUCUACGGGAGGAAGCUGAUUCUCGCUGACAGGGAGAUGAUUGAGCAGCACACAGAUGAAAUAUUCGCCGAUGCUGAGGUGAAAGAUGUGGCUGUUUUGGUUGUUGGUGAUCCAUUUGGCGCAACAACACACACGGAUCUCAUGUUGCGUGCAAAAGAACGUGAGAUUCCCUGCCAGGUGGUUCACAAUGCAUCCAUUAUGAAUGCCGUGGCAUGUUGUGGGCUUCAGCUGUACUCCUUCGGGGAAACAAUUUCAAUUCCCUACUGGACAGAGACGUGGAAACCCGAUAGUUUCUUCGGGAAAAUCCUCAAGAAUCGCCAAAUGGGACUGCACACCCUCUGCCUCUUGGAUAUUCGUGUGAGGGAACCCACCCUAGAGAGUCUCACGCGGAAGACACGACAAUAUGAGCCACCGAGAUUCAUGAGUGUCGCUGAAGCAAGUCAGCAACUCAUGGAAAUCAUCAAGAACACUCCGGGUGAACUUUCCAGGGAUUCCCUGGCAAUUGGGCUGGCAAGAGUUGGCCAUGAUAGUCAAAAAAUCAUUGCAUGUAGCCUCAAGGAGAUGACGGAAGUGGAUCUAGGAGCUCCACUGCAUUCUCUUGUGAUUCCCGCCAAGGAACUUCAUCCGCUAGAAGUGGAAUUCAUUCAACAAUUCAGCUCCCGGAAACUGUGAUAACUUUAUUAUAAAUAUCAGUGGAAAGGUUUAUCUUUUACUUGUUUGUCUUGUGGACAGACUGGAGGACAACGUGGACGGAUUACGUGGAGUCCGUUAAAGAAGUUUACCAAAGUAAAUGGAACAGUAUAAAGCGAAUGAACGUUAAGUAAAACUUA